AUGGCCGGGUUCUUCUCUCUAGGUGGAACUAGAAGGGGAGGCCCACAAAACAAGGAAGAGGAGGAGGUAGAAAAAAGAGAUAACAAUAACAACACCAACAACGGGAAUAACCUACUGUUGUUCAGGAACGAGGAGAUCUACAACAAGGGGUUCGAGAUAUGGCCAGAGUCGUAUCACCCUCAAGCUGCACACCAAAACUUGAGCAACUACUUUGCGUUUGGAGUGGGUCCUAGUCGCAGGAACUGCUCGAGCGUGAACGAGGAGGAGGUUUCACUGUGCGUGUCUGAUGAGUCUACGAGAUUUGGAUUAACUGUCAUGAGGUCUGGAGGCGCAGGAAGCAGCGGCAUGAACUGUCAGGACUGUGGUAACCAAGCCAAGAAAGAUUGUACACAUCUCAGAUGCAGGACCUGCUGUAAGACCCGAGGGUUUCAGUGUCAAACUCACGUCAAGAGCACUUGGGUUCCCGCAGCCAAGCGCCGCGAGCGACAACAACAACUCGCUGCGUUGCAGCACCCACAACAAUUUCGCGGAGAGAAUAUUCCUAAACGACAUCACAGAGACACACAACUCGUCUCCGCUCCUCAACCCAUCACAGGGUUAGAGCUGGGGCAAUUCCCACCUGAAGUGAGCACUUCGGCGGUGUUUCGGUGUGUGAGAGUCAGUGCAGUGGACGCUUCAGACGAACAGUGCGCGUAUCAAACCUCUGUCAACAUCGGAGGGCAUGUUUUCAAGGGAAUUCUCUACGAUCAAGGUCCUGAAAGUUCUUACACCAGUGCAGCAACUGAGGGUUCCUCCGGUGGUGAACACCAACAACUUGGUUUAAUAACCGCCGCAUCCACAGCCACAACCGGUGGAAACAACCCAUUUGACCCUUCACUUUACCCCGCUCCGCUGAAUGCUUUCAUGUCUGGUACACAAUUCUUCCAACCCCCAAGUGUUAUUAAUAGCGUGGUAAAAAGUGUUAUCAAAAGGCUCAGAGAAAAAUUUGUGGCACUCGGAAGUGUUCUGAACUAG